UAUAGAGCAGCAACCGCAGCCCCCAUUCCCGCACUGCUGAGAAGCUGAGCCUUCACCCUGCGACCCCCGCCCAAAGUCCUUGGCUGCUUCCCGCACAGCUGCGCCCUCUUUCCCAGUCCCCCUACACCCGCAGCAUUCAGCCGCCGCCAGCUUUGCCUUCCUCUUCCUUUCACCAGGGGCUCUGUGCGUCGUCGCCCCUGCUGCUGCCUUUGCCUUCAACAGCUCUAACUCCAGAUUUCGGGGACUCCCCUACUUACUCCACGCGGCUUCUUCGCAUCCCAGCUCUUCUUACAUCCUCGUCCGGUCGCUUAUUUUACACCCACUAUUGCUUCUCUGGGCUGUUUUGGGGGUCAUCGCUGCAAUCCUCCCCUUUGGGCUUUGCCCCACUCCACUCUGCGUUGACUGCACCCCCUUUUCGUUGCCUUUAGUUCUGUGCAUAACGCCUUUUUCCUCCAUCUCUGCUGUAGCCUCUGGUGCUCCCGCUCCCUCCGCAGGGCAUCGCACCCAAGAAUCCAAGGCAAAGCCUUGGGCCAGAGGGGCUUGGCUCCCUGGGGGUCUUCCUAGCCCAUUUGCGCAUCGGCUUUCCCGAAGGUCCCCCCAUCCAGCGCCCCUGCUAGCACCUCGCCUCCCCCGCCUCUCGUCCCCCUUCUCCAGGCCUGCCUAGCCCCCAGCCCCAGAGCCGCAGAAAUGGUCAAUGAAAAGGAGAAGAAGACCGGUGGACAGGUGUUGGAGGAAUGGAAAGAGUUCGUGUGGAACCCGCGGACUCACGAGUUCAUGGGCCGUACCGGGACCAGUUGGGCCUUCAUCCUCCUCUUCUACCUUGUCUUCUAUGGGUUUUUAACUGCUUUGUUCACCCUUACCAUGUGGGUCAUGCUGCAGACUGUCUCAGACCACAUUCCCACGUACCAGGACCAGCUUGCAACACCGGGCUUGAUGAUUCGUCCCAAGACAGAAAACCUUGAGGUUUUGGUCAACCUCAGUGACACCAAAAGCUGGAACCAGCAUGUGCAGAUACUUGAUAAAUUCCUGGAGCCCUACAAUGACUCAGUCCAGGCUCAGAAGAAUGAUGUCUGCCGCCCGGGGCACUAUUAUGAACAGCCGGACAAUGGGGUUCUCAACUAUCCCAAGCGGGCUUGUCAGUUCAACAGGACACAGCUGGGUGACUGUUCAGGGCUUAGCGACCCUACCCACUAUGGCUACAGCACUGGCCAGCCCUGCGUCUUUAUCAAGAUGAACCGGGUCAUCAACUUCUAUGCAGGAGCCAAUCAAAGCAUGAACGUUACCUGUGUCGGGAAGCGCAAUGAGGAUGCCAAAAAUCUCGGUGACUUCACUAUGUUCCCUGCCAAUGGCAACAUUGACCUGAUGUAUUUUCCCUACUAUGGCAAGAAGUUCCAUGUGAAUUAUACACAGCCUCUGGUGGCUGUGAAGUUCAUGAAUGUGACCCCCAACGUGGAAGUAAAUGUUGAGUGCCGAAUUAACGCAGUCAACAUUGCCACUAAUGAUGAGCGUGACAAGUUUGCUGGCCGAGUAGCCUUCAAACUCCGAAUAAUAAAAAAGACCUGAGUCUCCUCACUGCAACCCUCCCUGUCCCUCUCCCUGUCUCCCCCAGGGCUUUAUGGAAUGUGCUUUCUGGAUGCCUCCUUCCCUGCCUGAUGUCCUUUACCUGCCUCUCCCCAACUCCCUCCUUGCCCCAAAGGUAUUUUUUACAACAGAGCUAUAAUUCCAUCCACUCUUUCUCAACUCCCAUCCCUGUUGGGUGGUAGCCAUUUUGACUCCCUGAAAGAAUACCUUCUCCCACUGUUGGCAUGUGAGAGGUUUAGAGCAGGGAGGCCAUCUUUGCCCCUUGACUGACAGGUUGGUUUCCAAUGCCAUCCAGGUACUUGUAUGGCUACUGGUGAAAUACUCCUACAAUUGCCCCACUUCCCUCCUUUUUCUUAUUUUUAUGGACUCAAAAAAAUGUUCUCAUGGUUUCCCUGGUAGUGGUGGUGAGUGUGUCCUGUCAGUGAGGCCCACUCUUCUGAUUACAAACCCAUCUCCCCUUUCCCUUUCACCAUCCAUCUUAGUGACUUGGAGAUAAGAUAUUUGGGAACCUGUCUCUUUCUCCCAAACUUAAUAAUCCUGCUCUCCUCUUUAGGUGGCCAUUUUUGAGUUGAAGAUGGGGUUUGUCCAACUUCUUCUCCCCUCACACUCCACAUCUUACUGAAGCCUUUAAAUUGUCAUUUCUAGGUCUCCUUGUUCAAUUCCCUACCCCCUUCUCCGUGUGGUGGAUGUCUGAGCUGAAAAAUGGGGUGUCCUCUCUCCUCCCUUGGGCUUUAAAGGGGCAUUUAAGAAGAGGGAUGCCAUUUUUGUUCCUUGACUGAAAAUUCACAAACUCUGUCCCUCAUUCCUUCUGAUACUUUUUCCAUAACCUGGUGUCUGCUGCUCCAAAAGACAUUUGGACACAUAUUUGGUCAAUUUUAUCUCUGUAUAAUUUCCUUAUAAACAUUUCCCCACCUCCCACCCUCAGCUCCAUUUUCCAGUGCUUUGGGUGGCCAUCUUCAACUGGCUUUGUCUCCAGUGGCCACCUUGGAAACCUCAUCUGGCCAUGGUAAUAUGUCACCUUCUUUCCUGUGCCCCCCAGUCUAGUUUUUCUUAGCAAAUCAUUGGCCAAUUACUAGCACUCAUUUUCCACUUAACAUCAACUUGAAAGUUUUAAGUCCCCCUCUGAAUUUGAAAAUGGCUCCCUCUUCAAACCCUCUCUGCCUUUUUAGCCCUGUAAUUCCCAUAACCUGUUUAAAGAGGCCCCUGCUCAGAAGUAUUUUUUUAAUCACAGAGGUGUUUUAAUACUUCCCUUCCUCCUUUCCAUCCCAAAUCUAUUCCCUAUUAAUGCUGCACUCUCCUUCCUUGGAUCUGUCCCUUUUCUCUUGAAAUCAGGCAAGGCCUGGGUUCAAGUCCUGCCUUUGAUACUUACUACCUGUGUGACCAUGGGCAAAUUUCUUAAUCUUUUUUUGAG